AUGCGCGACGAUGCGUUCGACCGCGCGUUACACGACCUCUCUACCGCGCUCGAGGGUGCGUGGACGUCGAGCGUCGACGGAGAUCGCGUGCGCGUGAUGACGCGCGCGCGCGGCGAGGGAUUUCACGGAGAGAUCGUCGUCGAAUCGAACGCACGGGAGGACUUGGUGGAUAGAUUCACAUCGGUUGCGAUCGCGCACGAGCUUCCUCGUGGGUUGUUUUACGACGCCGACGAAAUCUCUGGGACGCGGAGCGAUGGGUGGAGAUGCGUGGCGUCGGGAGAUGUUGAUCCCGAGCGCAUGGCAUCGGCGUCCGGGACGUCUACGGCGUCGUGUGCGCGAUUGAUUACAGAAGAUGAAUCGACUUUCAGGGAGGACGGAUUUCCUUUAACGCUCAAGGCGCACGCGAGAUACGGCGAGGCGCGAUCUGGCGGUGGAUCGGUGACGUACGACGUGAAACCCGCUCUUGUGGUGAUGCGCGAGCGAGACGGUGGACUACACGUCGCGGCGUCAACGGGUGGAGGGACGUGGGAGGUUCCGGUUGGCGACACAUCGCGCGCUGGACUCGUGCGCGCGGCGACGGAUGUCUCGGUAGUCAUCGGCGCGAUCGUCGUCUUAAUCGCGGUGUUCUCGAGUAAGACGGACGUGAUUGCAAACGCGAGAACGAACGCUCGGGUGCGAAAGCGGCGAUGA